UUUUAUUUUAUCAUUCGUGUCGUGUUUCUGUGCGGAACGCACGCUUGCCACAAGCCGCUGUUUCGACUCAGUAAACACCGCUGUUUUUAGUUUCAACCGGUAAUCGCCAGCUCGCAUUCUAAUGCUUCCACAACACAGGCCAACCGUGAAUUUUAGUUUUUAAACCGUAAAAUUAUCGGUAUCAACAUAAUUUUGUGCAUGGUAUUUGGUGAAACAGUGAACCAGUGGAACAGAACAAAGAUUCCUAAAUAGGUAUUAAGUGAAAUGAGACGUUGAUUUACAGCUAUAUAAUGAUUCGUUGUUCUGUAGUUAGAAGUGAAAUAACAAUACGACUGGAAUUUUAAUUUUGCGGUGAAAUGAAAAGCGUUGCGAUGUACGCAACGUCGACGGCGUCUACGACGUCGGGCUCUGGGCGCGCCGCAUGCGUGCCGGCAGCAGAGCGUCGCGUACGUGUUGUGCGGUUAUUGCGCCCGCGCAGAGCUGCACCGGCCUUUGGCUUCUCGCUGCGAGGAGGAAGAGAAUACGCCACGGGUUUCUUCGUUUCGAAAAUUGAAUUCAAUUCAGAAGCACAUUUACAAGGAUUGAAGGUCGGUGACCAGCUGGUGAGCGUGAACGGAUACCGUGUGGACGACGCGGUACACGCCGAGCUAGUUCAUUAUCUCGCAUCUCAAUCUCGCCUCAAGAUCAAAGUUAGACAUGUCGGAAUGGUUCCAGUUAAAGAGAAAGCUCACGAGGCCCUGUCUUGGCAAUUUGUAUCAGAACGAGCAUCACUGGCGUCGGAUGUUUCUUCAUCACCGACUCUAUGUCAUGACACCGCAAGACUUACAGACUUACGCUUGUCUAUCUUGGUACCACCAAGGUCGAAGCUAGGAUGUGGAAUUUGCAAAGGUCCUGAAUGGAAACCGGGCAUCUUUGUUCAAUUUGUUCGUGAAGGCGGCAUUGCACGCGAGGCGGGUUUGCGUCCUGGUGAUCAGAUAAUAUCAUGUAAUGGACAAGAUUUUGCGAAUAUAUCAUUUAAUGAGGCAAUAUCGGCUAUGAAAGCUACAGGUCGUCUGGAGCUAGUAAUUCGGGAAGGUGCGGGAACAGAACUGGUGUCACCGGAGAGUUCAGGUUAUAAUAGCUCUGCAUCAUCAGCGGCCGGUGAACGUAGUCCCGCUCCACCUGCGCCUGUUAUUCCUUUGGCGCCACCAGCAGCCCUGCGGCGUCGGUUGGCAAGUGUCGCUGAGGAGGCUGCGGAUAGAGCUGAUAGAUUAACCAUGAAUAGACUAAAACGAAGAACAUGGGAUAGUUUAGAUUUUGAGUGGAAAAAUGGUGAUAUUCACAAUUUUGAUGCACCUUCCGAUAUAGAACCAGACUAUGACAGUCCUAGUAUACCAAACAAUCCUCAUACAUACGAAAAUAAGAAUAUAAGAUGUAAAAAUAAAGAUUUCAUAACGAGCCCGUCGAACAGAACGAUUAUUAAUUUGACCGAGGACGGUGCGACUAUACAAUGCAGUUACGACAACCAGUCACCCAGAAAAGGCACAUUUACUGGCAGCCAUUUGAAUAGAGAUAAUGAAAAAAAGACUAUAGUAGUCGAGGUUCAUCACACAAGUACAGCAGCAUGUGGAAAAUCCCAUUGUAACUAUCCAUCCCCUCCGAAAAAAGAUAUUUCAGAUUCUUCAAGUGUUUCAAGUUCAAACACAUUGUCAAGUGCCAUUGCAGAAGAGAUACAGAAAAGAAAAUUGAAUAAAAAAAAUUCUUCGAAUGUUUUGGAAAACGAAGUAAGUGCAUGUAUAGUGAAGAAGGCUAACGUACCAAAAACUAUAGACAAUGAUCAGAAAAAACAACAUGAUGCGUUAAUGGACGAAUUUAAAAAAGUGCAUAGAAAAAUGUUUGCAAAUCAAGAAAAUAGUAGUAAUGAAAAAAAUAAUAAUGGCGGCGAAGCAAAUAAUUUGGAUCGUCAACAAACUUUGCCGUUGAGGAAGGUGGAGAAUGCAGCGUCUGUAGGUGACACGAAUAAUCACACACAACUGAAACAAGAGUCUACAGAUGUCCCUCCACCCCCACCUCCGAUGCCCAUUACAAAUGGUCAACAGAAGGUUGAAUUGAAUGAUUCCAAUAAAGAAAAAGCAGCAACAAAAUCCGCCAAUGUAGACCACAAUAAAUUUUCGAAUAUUAGGAAAAAUGGAACAUUGACCCGAACACCGACGCCAGAUUACAAUAAGUCAGAUUCCGUAGUGCCUACUAAGUUAAAUAAUAAAGAUGAAAAAGCAGAUAUUGAAUCACUCGAAUCAUAUAAAUUGAAGAAUCCCUCGAAUGUGCAACCAAAACCCCCUUCAAAUUAUUUUGUUAGGGCACCGAACGGUACAGCUACGAUGAAUAAACACGGGCGGCCGGUGUCAGUUACGAUAGGCGAAUAUGCUGGAAGCACCAAUGGUCGAAGAGAACCGACCAAGUUAGAUUUUUUGAAUGGUGACAGGCCUGAUGGUAUAGUCGUAGACGAUGAUACAUCGAUCUCCAACAGACUGCAAUCUGAAUUGGCUUUAACACUAUCUAGGUCCAAUUUGCGAAAGAAGACUGAAGCUUUGGAUCAUUUAGGUCGCAAAAGAAAUAUUUUCUUAUCUAAAGAUAGUGACACAAAGGAAGAUAGUGAUUCGUCUUUAGAUAAAAACUUUCAUGUUAGAUACGGCAAUAAUCUUUUACCGCUGCCACCAUCGAUAUCGAUACCUAAAGUUGUGAAGUUAAAGUAUUGACCAUUACAAAAGUUAACUGCGUGACUCUACCAUAUUAUCGUAAUUAUUUUUGUGCCUACAAAUUAUUUAACUAGUAAAAUAUUGAACGCAUGAUCCACAAUUUUUAAGCUCUGAAAAACUUAUCACUUACUAACAUUAAAAUUACUCACUUUUUUCUCCACUUCUUCAAGUUUUCCAAAAUAUCGUAGUUAAAAAGAAUAGCCGCUCUCCGCACAGGUGUAUCUAAUCUCUCUUUUUAACCGUUUCUCCAGAGAUUGAUUGCAGUAAAAUUGUUGUUAUACUAGUUAAAACUUGGGUUAUCAAAAUUAUUUUAAUUAAUAAGUAUAAUUAUGUUUAUAAGCAAUAUUUUGGUCUAUAACACUUAUAUAAAGAUAUUCUAUUCAUAUUGGUGUGGGAACAGGUGCAUGUUUUUUAUUACAUCCAAAUACUUGUAUGGUGAUAAUUACGAAGUUUUCAUCAAUCUCACACUAAAAUAAAAAAAAGAAUUGAUGUUGACCCAUUUCUACUAUUUAUGUUAAAUAUAUAAAUACAAAGUUGACCCAUUUAUUCUGUUUGUUUAGACCCCAUUGAAAUCUACAAACAUAAAAAAAAAUUGCAAGUUGAGAGUUAUAAAAUGGAACCUAAAUGUACCUAUAUUAUAUUAAUCAUAAUUAUAGGACGAGAAAGGGAUUGUUAGCAAUGGAGUUUGACAGCCCCAUUGCUAGCAAUAUGCUUUAUUAGGUCGACCUCCACGUGGUUCUUCCUGGAAACCAUCGUGAACAAUUCUUGUUGAAUUCGUCACGAUGGGCUAACUGACCUACUUCAUCCUCACCUAUCAUCCUUCACUGGUGCUUCACCGGUGUAUACCGAUAGCGCAGGCGGGGUUACCAUUCCAUUAUCAUCUAUUAAAAAAAUCAUAAUUAUAAUCAAGAUCAUAAUAUAUACCUACCGAAAACUUUAUCAAUACUGCGUC